GCAGUGAAUGAGCGAGAGCGACUGUACGGUCGUGUUUCCCAUCAGCAGCAGCUUUUAAACGGCGAAAUAUUUCCACCAUGGGCCUCAACAACGACCCGAACUUCAUCAAACUGGAGCAAUGGUACAAAUCCAGCGCGGGAAACCUCAACAUGAGGCAAAUGUUCGAGGCCGAUGCUGACAGAUUCAACAAGUUCAGUUUGCAGCUGUCGACAGAUGAUGGGGAUCUCCUGCUGGACUUCUCCAAAAACCUGAUCAAUGAAGACGUCAUGAGUUUGCUCUUCGACAUGGCGAGAUCAGUGGGCGUCGAGGCGGCCCGGGAACAGAUGUUUGCAGGAGAGAAGAUCAACUUCACUGAGGGUCGUGCCGUCCUCCACACCGCCCUGAGGAACCGCUCCAACACUCCCAUCAUAGUGGACGGAAAAGACGUGAUGCCAGAGGUGAACCGAGUCCUGGAGCAGAUGAAGAGCUUCUGCCAUAAAGUGCGCAGCGGCGCUUGGAAAGGCUUCAGUGGGAAAAGCAUCACUGAUGUGGUGAACAUCGGCAUCGGAGGAUCAGACCUGGGUCCUCUGAUGGUGACUGAAGCGCUGAAGCCGUACUCUAAAGGAGGACCCAAUGUCUGGUUCGUCUCUAAUAUUGACGGCACACACAUGGCCAAAACCCUCGCGCAGCUCAACGCCGAGACCACACUCUUCAUCAUCGCCUCCAAGACAUUCACCACCCAGGAGACCAUCACUAACGCAGAGACGGCCAGAGAAUGGUUUCUGCAGGCCGCUAAAGACAAAUCUGCUGUGGCCAAACAUUUCGUGGCUCUUUCCACAAACGCGCCAAAAGUGAAGGAGUUCGGCAUCGACACCAACAACAUGUUUGAGUUUUGGGAUUGGGUCGGCGGCCGCUAUUCUCUGUGGUCUGCUAUCGGCUUGUCCAUCGCUCUGCACAUCGGUUUUGACAAUUUCGAGCAGCUUCUGUCUGGUGCUCACUGGAUGGAUAAUCACUUCCGCUCGGCCCCUCUGGAGCAGAACGCUCCGGUCAUUCUGGCUCUGCUCGGCGUCUGGUAUGUCAACUUCUUCCAGGCUGAAACGCAUGCACUGCUGCCCUACGAUCAGUACAUGCAUCGCUUCGCUGCGUAUUUCCAACAGGGGGACAUGGAGUCCAACGGGAAGUACAUCACCAAGUCUGGCACUCGUGUGAAUUACCACACGGGACCCAUCGUUUGGGGAGAACCAGGAACUAAUGGACAGCACGCUUUCUACCAGCUCAUUCACCAGGGCACUCGCUUGAUUCCAGCUGACUUCCUCAUUCCUGCGCAGAGCCAGCAUCCUAUCAGAGAUAACCUGCAUCAUAAGAUCCUGAUGGCGAAUUUCCUGGCGCAAACAGAGGCUCUGAUGAGGGGAAAGACUUCUGAUGAGGCUAAGAAGGAGCUCCAGGCUUCUGGGUUGUCUGGAGACUCGCUGGAGAAACUCCUGCCUCAUAAAGUUUUCCAAGGAAACAAGCCAAGCAACUCCAUCAUCUUUAAGAAACUUACACCCUUCAUGCUUGGUGCACUGGUUGCGAUGUAUGAGCACAAGAUCUUCGUGCAGGGUGUGAUGUGGAAUAUCAACAGCUAUGAUCAGUGGGGCGUCGAACUCGGCAAGCAACUGGCCAAGAAGAUCGAACCCGAGCUGCAGGACGAUGCGGAGGUUCAUUCCCACGACUCCUCCACCAAUGGACUCAUUGGAUUCUUCAAGAAGAACCGCUUUUAGAUAUUUCCGCAACCCAACCUCCGCUGACCCCCUCAUCCAAUGAGGUUAGAGAGUUCUGUAUUAACGCUUGGCAUAGUUCAGACGGGGAGCCGAGAGCAGGAGGAUGAGCACUUUAUGUCUGUCGUCAUCUAUAAGGCAUGAUGGUUUCGUGUGUGUUUGUGUGAGAUUUCGACUGUAUUCCUGUAUCUGUGGACCAGUGUGGGACGAUUCUGUCAGUAUGCACCGCUCAAUCUGCUGUAGAUGGAUCUUCAUGUUCUCCUUUGGACCAACGAACCACAAUAAAUGUAUUAUUUGUCA